AUGUCUAAAGCACUCUGCUGUUAUGCAUUUGAGACAUUAGUCAACAAACUCAACCUUGAGCUGAAUAAAGUGCCACUAAAGUCGUAUUUUCAAACCUUACUGGAGGAUCCAAGCAAACUUCCCAAGUCGGCUCCACUCUUUGUCACUUGGAAUAAAAAUUCGCAAUUGCGGGGCUGCAUAGGAACAUUCCAGUCGUUACCAAUUGAAUCCGGUGUUGCAAAGUUUGCUAUUAGCUCGGCAUUGCAAGACUCAAGAUUUGCGCUGAUAUCAGCCAAGGAAGUUGCUAGUUUGGAAGUUGACGUGACAUUGUUAGAUAAUUUUCAACCAAUCAAUGAUUACAAUGACUGGACCGUUGGUGUUCACGGGUUGAAAAUAUCUUUUGAGCUAGAUAGCGAAUACUAUCUGGGCACAUUCUUACCAUCUGUUGCCGACGAGCAAAAUUGGGAUAAACUUACAACCUUGUACUACUUACUCAAGAAAGCGGAUUAUCCAGUAAGUAAAAACCUGACAGAAGAGUUCUAUUCAACAGGCUUAAAGGAGGGUUGGUUGAAGUUGACUAAAUAUGAGGGAUUAAAGGCGCAUUUAACCUAUGACACCUUUUUCAAGAUUAGGGAGUCCAUUCAGGAGUAG